AUGUCAUCGAGAGCGCCGAUCAUGACGCAGACCGAUUUCACAUGUGUAAAGCAUGGCGCGCGCUCGUCCAUGUUUGUCGUCCUUGCCAGGGCAGGCGAGAUGGUUUAUUUUCAGAAAUUGCUCUCACUCUCUCGUCUCCAGGGUCCUAGAAAAUACCAGGCGUGUGCGCCAUUUCUUCGGCGACAGCGUAUUUCUCCAUCGACGACCGCCCACAAUCUGACGGUGGUCAGGAGGAUAUCGGAUCUGAUCGUGUCAGUCGAAGUCAAGUGUCGCUCACCUCUGCGGAGCCAUGAUGCUUCUCAGCGGUAUCACCAGGUAAGUCAUUGGUCAGAAAAGUUCCGUCUGCUUGGAAAAGAGCCACCCACAAUCACGGCCACGGCGGAGUCUUGGCAGGACUGGUCCUCACCAUCCUUCAUCCCUUUUGCUCCCUUCUAUUUUCCGGCACAAUUCCACAGUCAGCAGUACCAGAACGGCAACCGACGACAUCGAAAUGACGGAUGCAGGCAGCAAAGACAUCCCCUACCCGCUCCACGAUUCGAGCCGGAGGACGCUGUCUGCCCAUCAACCUCAAUAAGCAUGGUGCUCAGGCCUUAUGUCACCCUUGACAUCCACACGAAAGGAGACCGAUAUGCCAGGCCGAUGUCUCCAAUGUCAAAGCCUUGUGAAGGCUUACAGGGGGAGAUGAAAGUGCGACUAUGGCUACGAGAACUGCAUCAGCCGGCCAACGCUACCCACCCACGAACGGACGCAGAGCACCAUAUCCCCUCGUUUGACUCUCACGGUGACUCAGAAUCGCGUACUCCCUUUCCUUUAGUCGCCACCAUCUAUCAGCAGCAUUUAUGGCAACAUGACUCUCAAUGCCACCAGGAAUCAGUAGCUUUGGGGCCACUGAAGUCGAUGUCCGAGACAUCCCGCGCGAUCAAACCAUUGGUGUUCAACGGUAGAAUCUUGUUGGAGUUCAAAUUGAUCUUUCUCAACUUUGCACUGCUUUUGGACUUCCUAAUCAGACAUGUGGACACUAUCCUUCCAAGGCACGGUCUUGCACCAUAUGGUAAUUGGACCUUGAAAGGCUGGACUCACCGGACGACAUUGCGCAGCUACGGCCAACAUCAAAGUCCCACCACAACAGAAAUCAGUACAAACUGCACUGACAUCAGUCUCAUCCACUACGGCACGCCAACACAUUCGACCCGGAUCAUCAGUUCACUUGGCUACACCAAGAAGAUAACACAGUACGGCCCACUGUCAACAGGUCAUCCGCCGAAGUCCUUCAACAAAACUCAAGCAAUCCCUACACUAAGCACAUCAUAUCGUCACAAGCCUAGCGGCUAUCCGAGCUAUCCAAGCCCUUACUCCAACGAGACUAGACCAAGUUCGUAUUCAAACACCACGAAUCCAACCAGAAUACCUGGAACAAGAUACCAAGACAGCCAUCAUCAUACCAUUCCUUACUCCAUCUCGCAUUUCUCAGUCGAAACAACCAGCACUCCAACAGCAGCGCACUAUUCAACGACGCUCCGCAACACGAUUCCUGGCUAUAUCACCGAUCAUGCCGGUCCAACUACGACCACCCAGCAAUACCGACCUAUUACGUGGCUCACACAACAUUGGUCACUACCAUCAAGACCUACUAUUCUCCAACUUCCGUCGGGCCAGCGAAUUACGCCUAAACUCAAGCCAGGCCCAAGCACUAUCUCGCAUAAAGAGGCACCACUCAACAUGAAAAAUGGAUAUCACAGAACCAUAAUCCAUCUCACUCGUUUCCCUGACUACAUCCCCGAUCCACUUCUCCUUAUCCUCCAAAAACAACUCCCCACACGGCUUCCUCCUCUCACCAAUCGUAUUCCCAAAAACCAAAGCCAUGAAUCCUUUCACGGCGGAAGUAGUCAAAUACAGUAUCCCAAUGCUUCUCUUCGUCACAGCGACUUAAACACUCACCCACACUACCAAUACCUCAACUCAUUCCCAGUCUUGGUGUUCGAAUCUCCAUAA